AUGGGACAAUUACCCGCCUCAAGAGUAACGCCAUCGCGACCAUUCACUCACACUGGAGUAGAUUACGCUGGUCCCAUUACCAUAAAAACUUGGAAGGGUAGAGGAGCAAAAACCUACAAGGCCUGGAUUUGCGUAUUUGUGUGCCUCGCAACCUCCGCAAUACACAUUGAAGUGGUAGGUGAUUAUUCGGCAAAGGGAUUCAUUGCAGCUUACCGAAGAUUUACAAGUCGCAGGGGCAUCCCACGGGUCAUGCACUCUGACUGCGGAACGACAUUCAUCGGAGCUGACAAGGAAUUGAAAAAACUUUUCGUUCAACACACGAAGGAACACCACCACAUUAAAACCACGCUCAUGAAUGACCACGGGCAGUGGGAAUUUAACCCACCUACAGCCCCCCACAUGGGAGGAAAAUGGGAAGCCGCAGUGAAGUCCAUAAAGUUCCAUAUCAGUCGAACAACAAGAGAAGCAUCAUUCAGCAUUGGAGAAAUCAACACACUACUAACCCAGAUAGAGGCCAUACUAAACUCACGCCCAAUACACCCAUUGACGGACGACCCCAAUGACUGCUCUGCACUUACUACAGGUUACUUCCUCAUAGGAGAACCCCUCAACACAAUUUCUGACCCAUCCACAGAUGAUCCUAACGCGUCAAUAAUGUCAAGGUGGCAAUUCAUCCAACAAUGA